AUGGCUGUCGAAUCCGAAGCAGAAAAGGGCUAUCCAUCAACACACAAUGAGCUCCAAUCAGCAAGUCCCUCCAUAGUCGGGAAACCCGAUGCCCAUGACGAGAAUCCCGUAGCCGAUGGGUUUGCCAACCAGGAAGACUCCGCGGCCAACAAAGCUCUUCUUUGGAAGCAGGACAUACGUAUAAUACCAAUUUGCUCUGCAAUGUAUCUCCUCGCCUACCUCGAUCGAUCGAACAUUGGCAACGCAAAGGUUAUGAACUCGGAAGAAGGAAAAGACUUGAUGACCACCACAGGAAUGGACAACAACCAGUAUUCCAUUGCACUGAUGGUGUUCCUAAUCGCGUAUACCAUCUUCGAAGCCCCUUCUAACUUCUUUCUCAAGAAGAUGGGGCCUUCUAAAUGGUUUGCUUUCCUGCUCUGUAGUUGGGGUGCAAUCUCCAUACUCGCUGGUCUCACAACCGCCCGAUUUAUCUUGGGCAUCUUCGAGGCUGGCCUAGCUCCUGGCCUAGCUUACUAUAUUUCGUUCUGGUACCGAGCCAACGAACGGUCUCUUCGCCUAGCCUUCAUAUACUCCACGGCAACUCUAGCUGGUGCUUUCGGCGGGCUGGUUGCAUAUGGCAUCGCGAGGAUGGAAGGCGUAUCUGGGAUUGAAGCCUGGCGGUGGCUUUUCAUUCUCGAAGGCGCCCCGUCCGUCCUUUUUGGGAUCUUCAUUUUCUUCUUCCUUCCCGACUACCCGGAAAGCGCCCGGUUUCUCAAUACCGAAGAGCGCGAGCUGGCCGCCAUUCGCAUGGAAUUCAAUGGUUCCAAAGGCAGUGCCGGGAAUAUGAAAUGGGAGGAUGCCAAGGCGGUACUGCUCGACUGGAGGCUAUACUUGCACUACAUUGUCUACUUCUCAAAGUCUUGUCCAUUCUCUUCAUUGUCUCUGUUUGCACCAUCCAUCACAAAGGGACUUGGCUACGACUCACUCGAGGCCCAGCUCAUGACCGUUCCACCAUAUGCUGCCGCUUUCGUAGUCACCAUUGCGCUUUCUUUCUACUGUGACAAAUAUAACAAGCGCGCCCUCACAACCGUCGGUCUAAUGCUCAUGGGUGCCGCCGGCUUCAUCGCCUCAGCCGCUCUCCCACCGACCGAAUAUCGCGGCCGCUAUGCCAGCCUGAUAAUCGCCUGCUGCGGCACCUUUGCAACGAUUCCCAUCCUCCUGGGUUGGCUGUCGGCCAACCUGCGCUCCACAUCUGCUCAGGGCCUGGCGCUGGCGCUCAACAUCUCCUUCGGUUCCCCAGGCCAGAUUGCCGGUGUCUGGAUCUACAAAAGCUCCGAGGCGAAAAUAGGAUAUCCAACGGGGCACUGGACGAACGGCGCAUUGCUGCUUCUGGGUGCUAUUCUCACAGGUGUGCUAGUCGUGUUGUAUACAUAUCGUAACCGGCUGAUCGAUCGCGGUUUGGUUGCUGGACCAAAGUGGGCGCUGUAA